AUGGGUCUGGGCCCUGUGACAUGGGUAGUUCUACCCGAGGUCAUGCCUGCACAUGCUGUCACCGCUGCUGGAAGCAUUGGCCUUGCGGUCAAUUGGUCCACAAACUUUUGCAUUAGUGCGAUUUUCCUACCUGUGCAGAAAUGGUUGAGUGGGGGCAAAGAUGCAAGCGAGGGCAACGUAUUUUUCGUACUUGCUGUGACCUGCCUCGCUGCUAUCAUAGGUAUGAAAGUCGCUUUCAAAGCUCAAGAUAGAGUUGCAUUGUAA